GUGAAAUCAAAACAAAAAGCUCGAAGGAGCAUUUUUGCGUCAGUAAUGGCUGUAUCUCCUGGUUUCUCGUAUUUCUGGAAAAUACCUCCUUACACAUUGGAAAGGCACCGUGUUAAAGGAUGUUUUUGGAGUGGAAAAGAUCUGUUUUGCGAAGUUUAUUUUUUAUUUUUCGGAUACGACGAUGGAGUAGCGAUUCCUUGUAGCAGAAGUAAGGGACCAUGAAGGUAAGCCCUUUUUUUAGGGAUAUUAAGAGGAAAGUGGUGGCUAUUUUAUGCGGUAAAUUGUCAACAAAGGCACCAUCUAAUACUGGUUUUUCUGCGCAUGGUUUUCGAUUAAAAUACAGUUCUAACUUGACUUUAUCUAUGAUAAGGAGUUGACUUUCUAGUGUUAAUGCCACAAAAUGCAAAAUACACAUGUGCAUCAACACGUGCUACCCAUUAAGUGUUGAGUGCCAAGUCUUUCCUUCAGUCGUUUCGUCGAUUUGCAAGGAGGCGAGAUCUACCUUCAGCUCUAUUGUCUGAUAAUGCUAGAACGUCUAAGCCUUCUAAAAAGAAUGGUCCGACACUUAAUUGCUAUCGAGGUAGAAGCAGACAACCAAGUGCCGGGUCAUUCAUGUAUUCCACUGCAAGGAUCACAACCAGUGGUUAACAGUAAUCCACCUACAGGGCGACCACGCCGCAAUGAAGCAGUACGCGGAGAAAUCCUUCGAAGAAACACGUUUGAGAUUUUGACUUUGAGAUUAUUUGAGGUGAGGGGUGUCAAAAGUGGGGAGUGUGAGAAUCUUUUGAUUGAAACUUUUGACAUGUUCCUGAACAUUUUGUUAUUCCUUUUAUGGCGUGAUAAAUAUAUACCACGUGACUAGUUUUACAUGUGCUUGUUCGGCAUGUCUUCGAGUUAGGAUUUGGUGGAUUGUAUGCGAGAAUUGGAGAGUGACAUGAUGACGAUUUGUUACCGAUAUGUACCGGUUUCGAGGAUUAAAGCGUUGAAAUUACAACAAGCGAGUUGCCGUUUCUUACAAGGAUGACGUGUCUGAUUGAACAGUAGCUAACUAUAAAAUCAGGAAUUCAAGGCAGAUUACCGAAAUCUUGGAAGAAUCGUAAACUGGAAAUAAGUGAGAUUAGAAAUAAUAAGUAAUUUGCCCGGACGACAUAGCGUUGAUACUCAACCACAUUGAUGAUCGAAGCACAGAUUCUGCUACUAAGUGUAGUGAAUGAAGCUGCAGAUGUCGGACUACUCUAAAUGCAGCUAAAACUCGGGCAAUCGUCUAGCGCUCGACCAAACUGCUUUAACAUUACUUUAAAGUAAAAUUUUCACCAUUAUCAUCACUGAUCGCACCCUUAACUUUUGGUUCUCAGAAAAUUUUUAUAAUUAGCUUGAAGUUUAGCUCAACUACAAGGAUUGCAUCUGCAUUCUUUUGAUAUAAUAAAAGCAUUGCCGGGGAUCAAACACGUAACCUUUCUUUCAAAGAGAUGUAAAUGUUAGUGAACGAUUGACAAAGAGCAGUGGCCGUGAGAGAAUAGAAUGCAACCUUGCACUUUAGAAUUUUAAGCUUUUAUCGUUUUAGACUUGUAAGUAGUAAGUAGCUAUAUGAUUUUAACUGGUGUAUAUCCUAUUUAUUUUCUAAUUCAUUAGUUAUCUUAUUUAAUUAUUUAGACACGACCCCACAAGCAAAGCGUCGCUUUAAAUACUUAUCGUGUAUAAAUAAAGAUUAUUGAUUGAUUGAUUGAUUGAAAUGUACUAACAAGAACUGAACACGCUCUUAAAUAUUGAAUUUUUCAGUGAGUUUUACAGAGCUACCUGGAGGACGGUAGUUGGAUCAAAAACUACGUCAUUACCGGCAUUACCUGAUUUAUGGUGCUAGCAAGGCUGACCUUGUUGUCAUUGAUUGCAUUGAUAAUAGACGCAACAUCUUAUGAUAAAAUUAGCAAGGACGAACACCAUCCGCUAUAUUCUAUCUUACCGACUGUAAAUCACUCUUGUCACAGGCUUCGAAGGAAGACAUUUCAGCUACCUUUUAUAGUUAACACUAAGACUCCUGCUUCUAAAUAGGCUAUCCAUUAAUUAUAACUUAGCAAUUUGAUUCUACUUUAAUUGUAACUUUUAAUUUAAUUUUAAUUCUUGACUGUUGUAGCUUUCGAUAGGUGUUUUAUCGACUGCGGAAUAAAGAUUAUUAUUAUGAUUAUUAUUAUUACUUUCUUCUACGAAUUUCUAUUUUCCUGUAGAGUAAUUAACUUACUUUUGUAAAGAGUCUUUUGACCUCUUUUCUCCGUGAUAAUAUUUUGAAUGAUCCAAUCAUAUUUUAUCUUAUCAGAUUCAUUCAAUGUUUAGUAUUUAGUAUUUUGGUAGAAUUCCCAUUAAUCUUUGUUUUCUUUCUUAUUUGCGGAAAAACUAAAAACUUGAAGCUGGUUAAACUUCAUCGGAAGUCAAGGAAGCCAUGAAGUUUAUGAAAAAAACCGCAACGCGUGAUGGCUGAAACCAGGUCGCAUAACGACCAUCUAACCGUGACACUUGAUAACGGAACUGCACCACCUUACAUAGUAACAGAAAAAAAAAAUAUAUAAUCAGAAACGUCCGCAUCAGGUACAAAGUGAUGAAAAGAAAAACAACUUCACAAUGAAGUAACCACACCGCAUCACGAUAUAAACAUAUGAAUCACGUAUUUGAUCAAACUCUGUCACGAAGAAGAACAAGAUUGCACGAGAGUUGACAAAACCACGGCAUAUAUUAAAUGAUAUACCUGAAAUGCAACGAAUGUGACGAGACAAUAUCAGUUCACGCCAUUGUAACACUAACAGUAAUGGAUACAUGAGAAACCUUAGGGUCUUUUUUUUCUGUUAAAGGAGAAAAAAAAAAACCAGCUAGUUUGUAAUGAAUGUGCUUAAAGGGCAUUUGAGAGCUCCCGAGAGUGAAAUGCGGAAGAUCUAGUGGUGCCACGGAGCAGCACGUGCUAAGAAAAAUAAAAAAGUUGAUUGUUCUGUCAAGUACACUUAAAUUAACAACGCCCGAAUUUUUGAAAUUACGAGGUAAGCAAAGGAUUUUAUGCGGUAAGAACGAAAGGAAUUUCGCAACAUAAGACUGACGGAAUUAUCAGAGACUGUCUGCUAAUAGUCUAAUACUCAGUUUUAAAAUUUUCAAAUUGACUGAACGCGUUCACAAGUUAUUAGGCGUUGGUCUUGGUCUUUUUUAGUGUGAGAACUAUUUUUGUGUUUUAUCCGCCCAAAUGUCCCCGGAAGUUUUUCUGUGGGUGUUCAGGUUUACCCCUUUCGUCAAAAACCAAAUGUCAAAAUUCCAGUUCGACCUGGAAAGCGUCUCCAAUUAAUUGUGGCAGGACACUUAAGAAGAUCACAGGUUUAUCAUAAACUGUCAAGAGUCACUCUUUCUCUAAGUAAAUUUAGAGUUUCGUUUUUUUGCCCAUAAGUUACGCUUUCCGCCCUAAAAAUUCUAUACACCAGUGCUUUUGCAAGGGUUAAGACUCAUGAAAGCUUUUCAAUCGGCUUCGUCUCCUCACCACUAGUCAUUAUUGUGCAAGCAGUGUUUUAUUAGUAUCUAAUUACAUUGUCUAGUUUCUUUCCAAUUUAGAUUAGGCAAUCAUAGAAUAAGUUAACCAAAAAAGUGAUGAAUGAAGUCAUAAUUAGUAGAGGAGACUAACUAUGAAGAAGUGAACUAAACAGCAUUGUGGGCCAUGCAGACUCUUCUAGUUAUCAUGGAGUAGUAUGACUGUAAUGGUGAACUUUUUCGUUACUUCACAGUUUGAAUAUUAUUCAUUUCUGUAACAGUUCCAUGGUUGAUCCUUCUCUUUCUUAUCCUGUAAAAUCUGUUCUUGGUCUAAAUUUCAGUGAAGUAUGCGAAAUCAACGGAUUGGUUAUCAUUGUUGUCGAUAAAACCAGAAUAUUGCCCAUCAGUACUAAGCUUAGUUUCGAAUUGUUUUUAGACGAUUUCAAUUUGUUGGAAUAUAAAUUCUUUGGAAAGAGUGUCGAUCACUUAAAACUUGACAAAAAUUAAACUGCAUUGCUCUUUGUGAGUAUUCGAACGACAAAUGUUAAAUGUUAUCAAUUGCGCUCAAUGAAACAUAAUUGGAUUCGGUUGAGCUGUCCAGCAAAUCACUAAUGUUCAAAGAAACACCGCUUACUGCAUGUUCUAUGGUAAUUUCUUUAUAUUGUUCUUGUUGAAACAGAUGAAAUUCAAAGUUGUUAAAGGGUUUGUGUCACAAGUAGUAAAUGAGAUUGAAAAUAAUCUUUUCGCCAUUCGAUUAAUCAUUGAUCGCAUCCCUGAAUUUCAAGGUUUUCAGCAAAAUCUCGUUAAGUGUCUCAAGUUAAUCACAGAACUGAAAGUAGUGCAUCCGCAUUCUUUUGGAUGCGUGGGAUCAAUGGCGUAUAUUGUAUUUCAAAGAAAUGGAAAUUUUAGUGAACGAUCGAAUUAAACACGGCGGUAAUGAUAAAGGAAGAUUGCCCGCAGGUCCGUCGAGAAGAACACGCUACCGAGUACUAAAUUUUUCCUAUAAAGAAGGCUCUGCCAAGGCAGCCUAAGUCCUUUUUGCUACAUUUUCCAGUUACUCCUCUAUUCUCGCUAUUGAACUUAACGUUUGCGAAGAAUUUACAAAAAACAGAGUUACGUGACAGGAAAUGAGGCGUAACAAACGUUAAAAAGUGAAGCCUGUUUCAAACGUUUCUUGCCGGCGAUAUUUUCUGUUAAACCUAUUCUUAACGGACACCUCUAUUAAGGUGCACCAGCCAAGGACCCGUUGGUUUCCGGUUAAAAAAAAAAAAACAACAGGCAAACUUUGAUUGAUACCGUAAGACUGCACUGUUUUCAAAAACCCUAAUUACAAUCCUUGCCUUCUUUUUUAUUUAAAGUUGUUGCGAGGUUUAUUUUACAGAAGUUGAUUUUUGAAAUACAUUCUCUGUAAUUUUUAUUUCAGGGCUGUACAAAAAAUUACAGAAAAUAUAUAGGGAAAGCAUAUUCAAAAAUAAAAUUCCAUCCGACAGUAAUCUUCUCCAGAGAUACUUCGUAACAUUUAAAGUCAGGUUGUAUGACUAUUGUCAGAUUUUCCAAAUAUACAGUGUUAAUAGAUUCUACAAAGGAGGACUUUUUAGCCUUGAAUUUUCACACAAACCUUAAAUUUUCCGCUUUUUUAGCUGGGAUGCGGUUGUUUGAAACAGGAUUAAGAUAACACAGAAUAAGCCCACGCUCACAAAGCAAAUUCCUUGUUAUUACUUUUGCCUACAGGUUGAUGUCUGGACGCUCUUAAAUGAAGUGAAAAUGAAUUGAAGAAACUAUUUUGAACCAAUAAAUUUGAACACGGAUCAAGAUUUAACCCCGGGUUAGCAAUAACCGCCCUUCAAACAACUGGAGCCUGAUCACCCGCCAUGCGCUCAAAAGCGUGAAUUGUCAGCCUCAACGUGAAUUGUCUUCGACGAUGCAAAAAUAUUGCGUUCUUUUAGCAACUGAGUAUUGCUUUAUUUGUUAUCCAACUUUUAAGCAAGCUCGACCUCGGCCAACCUGUGCUGAAUUUUUGGCGUGUUUUAGUGAAUAUGUACAUACUAGGGACCUUAAGCGACGACGACGACGGCAGUGAAAACGUCGCUAAGAAAAUGAAUUUGAGUUCUUUCAAACUUAAUCGCGUCUAUUUGGACCCGAUAAAAUGUCAAAUGCAGGCGACUUUUCCUGGGGUUGAAUUCUUAAGGAUUUUAUGUGGGUUCAAAAAGAGGAAGGAAGAUUCGUCGUCGUAUGUCCACGUCCUCCAUAAAACGUCAAAUUAGGAGGUUUCACGUCGUAUUCGGGAGUGGACGUCAAAGAAAUGUACUGAAAAGCGUGAUGCACGGGGUGAGCUGUUGUUUUGAUCGUUAAACCUAUUGUUUUUUAAAGUUGUUGUCGUCGUCGUGGUCAGUCGUAGUUUCUUAAGCUGAGUACUAAGGCAAGUGACCAGUGGUCUUGGUUUGGUUCAGCUCCACCUAAACAAAGUUAAUAAUAUUCAAAUCGUCGAGACAGCAGGAAAACCGCAGCAAUUUUUAAAAAUAGUGCGACUUUUUUAAUUUUAGCAAACAUGUUUCGACGGUACAUCCGUCAUCGUCAGUGUGACGGUUAUGAAAGUUUAUAGCUGAUAAAACGUGCCUGUUGCAAUACGUUACAUUGCGUUGGAAAACAAUACGCUACAUAAAUUUAAAGUUAACAAAAUUAAGAGAUGCGCGUGCCCGCAUCUAUAGAGAAAGCGUCAGAUUGAUGUGUUUGACCUGUUGAUUAAGGUCAGGCUUUUCCUUCUUAACCUACAUAGACUCCAAAUCAUAAUUAAUCAUAAUCAUCAGUCGGCAACUAACAUAGAAAGAAUUUUCUGUUUCUGGGUCGUGUUCGUUAAGGAAACUAAAACUCUUGAGUUCUCAGGAAGCCAAAAAAGAAAAGAAAAAGAAAAAGAAAAUGGAAAGAACACUUCCUCUCUAACUCACGUUGCUAAGUUAAUAUUAUAUUAGUAUUGAUGAACUUAUUAUCGAUCGUGCGUUAAAAAGAAUUAUUAUGCCAUUCCUCUGGUUAUUAUGCACCUUGCGAAAUUUUUAAACAAGGUCCUUCUCAUUUUCAAUUGUUUUGGUUUAACAAGCUCAUGUCCCAUAUCAGUUGUUUUAUCUAUUCUCUUAAAAUUGAAGCGCUUAUUCCUUACGAUCGGUCGGUUCAUAUACCGACUAAGUUUGGGGUUCGCAAGCUAAAAUAAAUAUUUUGCUAGGGUAGAUAAAUUCCAAAUUAGGGCGUUCCGCUUCGGUUAAACCAGUUACACAAAUUUUGGAAAUAUCUCAUAGAAGAUUGUGGAAAAGUGUUACCACAACCUCUUUUGAUGGCCGGCCAUCAGUUGAACACCUACGCGGUCCAGAUUACUGCGGAACAGAGGUCAUUCCUUCAUCCUUCCAGCCAUCAGAACUGAACGUUUCAAACGUAGCUUCAUAAAAAGAUUUUUUUUAUCCUUUUUUAUCAAGUUUUAAAAUUUGUAUAGUUUUAGCAAUGGAUUAUACACUGUUUUGCAUUAAUAGCUUGUGACAAAGAACGUAUGUUUGUUUGGAAUUUAAGAGAAAGAGCUUUUUCUUUGCAAAACUUUACCGAAAAGGUUUAUAUUAAAAUAUCAGCAUGAUGUCAUUAGUUACUUUAUUUGAACUGAAAAAUUACUUUUUAUUGCAAACCGAUAGACUUAUUCACUAAACAUCAUCAUAAGCUCUGCAAAUAGCACUGGGCACCCCGGCUAUCCGCCUUGCGUUUUUACUUACAAUACCGCUGAAUAUCACCCACAUCUUACUUUAAAAUCCCGAAUCCCGUCGUUAAAAUAAGGGCAAUCCCGAAUCCCUUAAGACCUAUAUUGGGCCACCCUGGAGUGUGGCAAUUAAGUGUUGUUUUUAAAAGUGUUACAAAAUGUGGGUGACUCAUCUACGUAAAAAGAAAUUAACACGCGCUCAAGCAACACAGAAAACCCGUGAGACCAGGGAUCCUACAAUAAAUGAAACUGCCUGCUACGAUUUUACCGAAAAGCUUACGGGUAACGCUUUUGGGACGAAUUACACACACAUCAUGACAUACAUUUAAUAAUCUUGUUUACUUGGGCAUGAGACUUAAAAAAAACUCUGAGUUUUAGAUUAGAAGUGGAUGGAUAAUCUCGUAUAAGGAUAAUCUCGUCCUCCGAGUGAGUCCGAGUAAGGAUUGUCAGAAUCGUUUGAUUGGCAUUUUGAUCGUGAUCAUUUUGUGAUUCCUUUUAUGGAGUGAUAAAUAUAUAUCAUGUGACUAAUUUUAUAUGUGCUUGUUCGGCAUGUCUUCGAGUUAGUUUUUGGCUGAUUGUAUGCGAGGAUUCCAGAGCCGAGAAAUUGUGACGAUUUUUACCGGUUUCGAGUAUUAAGGCGUUGAAAUGACAACAAGCGAGUUUCCGUUUCUUACAUGGCGCCCAACGUGGGGCAGUGAAGUCCACUAAACGAUAAAGGCGAACCCGAAGAGACAAAAAGGCAAGGGUUGAAUUAUGCCAACGAUUUGUAACUAUUGAAAGCGAUCAGAGGAGGGCAACGAGGAGUCGCAACAAAGCUGAUAGUAGAAGCCAAGGAAAUAUUGGAAAGCACAUUCCUUUUAACCGAAGAUUACGAGCGGUUCUUUGUGAUUUAUCACAACUGGACACAAAAUGGCAAACGCUAAACGAUUACGAGCAGCAAAUCUUAACUGUGUGUAAUGUGACUGAUAUCGAUGGCAAGUUCGAGGAUUCUCAACGAGCAAUAGAAAAGGUUAUGGCAUGCAAGCGAAAAACCGAUUUGAAGUUAAAACAAAAAUCAAUUGGUUCAGAAAAAAAUCACAGCGAAAGUUAUUCGAAUACAGGUCAAGUUACGGCGAGAACAAGCCAAGCAAAGGCUAAACCACGAAAAUUAACUUUGGCUAUAUUUCGAGGAGAAUUCACAAAAUGGAACACUUUCUGGGAAAGUUUUCAAUCCGCCGUUCAUGACAACCGAGAAAUUUCUCAAGUGGAUAAAUUCAACUAAUAUCUCAACUCAGUGUCAGUGGGACCGGCAGCGAGAGCCAUUUCUGGCUUAACAUUGACAGCUUUGAAUUACGAGAACACCGUGCGAAUUCUUCAGGAUCGCUUCGGGAAAACACAGCAGAUUAUCACCGCGCAUUUGGACGAAUUGAUUAAAAUAACACCCUGCCAUAACGACCGUCCAACCUCGCUAAGAUAUGUUUUCGACCAGAUAAGUGUUCACACACGAGUCCUAGCUUCGUUAGGUGUAUUUCCUGAGCAAUAUGGAAGCUUGUUGAUCUCGAUAAUUAUGUCUAAACUGCCUAAUAAAAUUCGACUACACGUGGCUCGAAACUCAACGGAUGAAGUAUGGACUAACGAUUAAGAAAGAAGAAGUUGAAGCUCGAGAAACCAGCGAGCAAGUAAAAACAAGUGAAAACGACCGCAAGCCUUCUACUAGAAAACCGCCAAUUCCUACCGCAAGCGCAUUGUUUGCCAAGCAAAAUGGCGGGAAGAAUAUUCCUCGAUGUGUUUAUUGCAAGGAAUUGCAUUAUUCUGCCUCGUGUGAAAAAGUUCAAAAUCUUGUUCAACGCAAGGAAAUUUUGAUGAAAGAACGAAGAAGUUUGAAGUGUUUGGCUCCAGGUCAUAUCGCGAGUUCGUGCCAAAAUGAGAAGGUUUGCCGCCAUUGUAAACAACGCGGCCAUCAUCAGUCAAUUUGCCUGACGCUUUCACCUUGUGACCGCAGCGAAAAGAAGAGCAACCAACCUGAAGGGGAUAUUAACAACACCACUACAACGAACACUGUUAGAAACAAAGGAAAAGCUGUUCUUCAGACAGCGAAGCCCAGUAUUGCCUUUAAUGAGGACAACUGGAAAUCGUCGCACGUGCGUAUAUUGUUUAACAAUGGAAGCCAGCGAAGUCACAUAACAAGCAAUGUGAAGUCAAAGUUGAAUUUGAAGCCUAAGAAAACAGAGACACUACACUUGAACACCUUUGGAGGGAACUGA